CAGGAGGAGCGUCAUGAAGUUGGCGGUGCGUCUCCUCCUCUGGCUGUCCUGCCCGCUGCGCCUCUCCGCCGUCACCGCAGCCCCACGCCAGUUUGUAUCCUUGGCGGAGAUGGAAGAUGCACUGCUGAAAAACCUUUUCCAAGGCUACCAACGCUGGGUCAGACCCAUACAACGUGCCAAUGAUACGGUUAAAGUACGCUUCGGACUCAAGAUCUCCCAGCUGGUUGAUGUGGAUGAGAAGAACCAGCUGAUGACAACUAAUGUUUGGCUCUGUCAGGAGUGGAUUGAUUAUAAGCUUCGAUGGAACCCAAAAGACUACGGAGGUAUUCGGUCUAUCCGAGUACCGUCUGAAAACAUCUGGCUCCCAGAUAUCGUCCUCUAUGAAAAUGCUGAUGGCCGAUUUGAAGGCUCCCUGAUGACUAAAGCCAUUGUCAAGUUCAACGGUGCCAUCACCUGGACACCUCCUGCCAGUUACAAGUCUGCCUGCACUAUGGACGUCACCUUCUUCCCCUUUGACCGACAGAAUUGCUCCAUGAAGUUUGGCUCCUGGACUUACGAUGGAAACAUGGUGGACCUGGUUCUGAUAGACAAACAGGUAGACCGGAAGGACUUCUUUGAUAACGGGGAGUGGGAGAUCCUCAGCGCCACUGGUGCAAGGGGGAACAGGAAGGAUGGGUUAUAUUCGUAUCCCUACAUCACCUAUUCUUUCAUUCUGAAGAGGUUACCAUUGUUCUACACGCUCUUCCUCAUCAUCCCUUGUUUGGGUUUGUCCUUUCUGACCGUCUUGGUGUUUUACCUUCCCUCAGAUGAAGGGGAGAAGCUGUCACUCUCCACUUCUGUCCUUGUGUCGCUCACUGUGUUUCUCCUCGUCAUAGAAGAGAUCAUCCCGUCAUCCUCCAAGGUGAUCCCGCUAAUCGGCGAAUACUUGCUGUUCAUCAUGAUCUUCGUUACACUCUCCAUUAUUGUCACCGUCUUUGUUAUCAAUGUACACCACCGCUCCUCUGCCACCUACCACCCCAUGUCACCUUGGGUCCGGAAUCUCUUCCUUCAGAAACUGCCGAGGUUGCUCUGCAUGCGCGGCCACACGGAUCGCUACCACUACCCAGAACUGGCACCCGAAAGCCCCAAGCUAAAGCCUCGAUCCGGAGGUCGAAGAGGACGCCAGCGAGGAAAUAGUGGACAGGGGACAUCUGAUGCUAUGGAAGAUGAGGCGUGGGCAACCAUGUUGGAGAAGGCCAUCUACUCAGUGCGCUACAUCAGCAGGCAUAUCCGCAAAGAGCACUUUAUCCGCGAGGUGGUACAAGACUGGAAAUUUGUGGCCCAGGUGUUAGACAGGAUCUUCCUUUGGGCCUUCCUCACUGUUGCAGUACUGGGCACCAUCCUCAUCUUCACUCCAGCUCUGCAGAUGUUUCUGAAAAUCCCUCCUCCAACUCCAAGUGAGGAGCCACCUCCUGCACACUAGCAGUGACAUCUUCACCAGCUCAGUGUUCAAGAUGAGUUUAUUGAUUGUUUGUAACUAUUGAGCAAAGUGAAGCAUCAUAAAUGUUUCUUAAAGGAAAACAGACUCCUGAAUAUCACUUUGUUGGGAGUUUCUACUGCACACAAACUGUUUAAUUUUCAGUUAAGUAGCAUGCGGCUGUGAGCACACUUUGCAUGACGCAGUCUGGAUAUUCUUGAAAGGUGCUCAAGAAAACACAAUGCGUUUAGUGUAGAACAGCUUAAUUGUACUACAACUUGCAUAAAGACCUUUGAUUGUAUAUUCACUUAUAUUGCAUUUUUUUAUAGUCACUAAAGCCGUGGUCCCCACCAAAUAAUGAAGGAUGAAUAAUGAGCCAUG